UUGGUGCGCAAUGCGGGGCGGUCCUAUCGUGGGCGGUUUAGUAAAAGAGGGCUGAGAAAGGCAUCGUGUCUUCGAAAAAGACGCAAACAACUUUGAACAAGAUGGCUUUAGAGAUCUAUCUAGAUCUUUUCUCCCAACCCUGUCGUUCCGUGUACAUCUUCGCCAAAAAGAAUAACAUCCCUUUCGAAUUCAAAAAGAUUUCUCUGCUCGAAGGGCAGCAGUAUGGAGAGGACUUUGGUAAAAUCAACAUGAUGAGAAAAGCACCAGCCAUCCGCGACGGUGACUUCUGUCUGGCAGAGAGCGUGGCCAUCAUGCAGUAUCUGGCUGAGAAGUUCCAGACCCCGGCUCACUGGUACCCCUCUGACCUGCAGCAGCGGGCUAGGGUCAAUGAGUACCUGUCCUGGCAGCACAUGGCCAUCCGAAUGCACGGCUCCAAGAUCUUCUGGCUGCGGCUCCUGAUUCCUAAAAUCAUGGGGGUGGAGGUCCCUCAGGACAAAAUGGACGGCGCGCUGGAGGACCUGAACGGAUCGCUGAAGCUGGUGGAGGAUAAAUUCCUCCAGGAUCGGCCCUUCAUCGCUGGAGAGCAGGUCUCGCUGGCCGACCUGGUCGCCAUCGUGGAGAUCAUGCAGCCGGUAGGUUCUGGUCUGGACGUGUUUGAGUCCCGUCCCAGACUCGCAGCCUGGCGCGAGAGGGUUCGGGUCGCCGUGGGAACAGAGCUGUUUGACGAGGCCCAUAAAGACAUCCUGGCAGCGCAGGAGAUGGUGAAAAACAUGGACGCCAGCAAGAUGCAAGUCUUCAAGCCGAAGAUCCUGAAGCUUUUUUUGUAACCUCAGGAUAUGUUGGUGGUACCCCAGUAAUGUGGUUUCAGGCCAUUUGAAGUUCACUUGUGUCACACAGUUUCAGCUGUAGUAGGUGGGGGGGGGUGAUGAUACUGUGGUCACAUGUUGCACACUGAGGAUGUUACCCAGCAGUCACUCUGUUCCUGACCAGAUCAAUUUCUGGUAUUCAUUCCAUUAUAAGCUUUUGUAUGGUAACGUCCCUCCUUAAAACUAUUUGGAAAUGUAGGCUAAAUAUUGCAAACAAUAAAAAGACUACUGCCAUCUCAAA